AAUUCAGCCUAUCAUCUCCUGCCAUAUAUAUAUAUAUAUAUAUAUAUAUAUUAAAUAUAGCGCUGUGAGCUCAUGCUCCGUCGAUGUUCAGUUUGAAGACCCUUCCUUUUCCUUUGACAGCUCUACCCUGUUUGCACUGUGAGCUCAGUCGAUGUUCAUUUUGAAGAUACUAGCACCAUGAAAAGGUUCAGGUACUUCUCCAACUCUCACAAUCUUGACUCCCUAUUAUCACAAUCCAGACCAUCAUUUCAUGCUCCCAUUUUUCUUCCCAAAACCCUAGCCUCGCAUGAGCCCUCUUCUGGUAAUUUCUUGAAUUCAAAUCGGUUUCACACGAAAUCUGCUUGCUAUUCAGUGAGUUCCUUGAUUUCCUCAAUCGGUUCUUCCGCAGUCUGUGCUUCAGCAGCCCCAUCUUCUCAAAAGUUGCAAUCUUUACAUUUGUACACGAGUGGUGUUGAUAAGGGCCUGUUCGUGAAUCUUUACUUGCUUAAAGAUCAAUAUCAUGGACGCUUUCAGGCAUUUUCAACUGCGUCUUCUGAUGCGUUCGAGCCUCCCUCGCCACCAGGAGCUUCAGGUUCUGAUGAGAAGCAUGGGUUGGGGAACGUGGGUAUUGAUGGGAUUGGACCGACUUCAAAGCAAGUUUUGGAAAUUGUUGGUAUGAUUAGAAGGGGUGAGAAUGAUUUGGCGUCCAAGUUGAAUUCGAUGAAUGUAAGUCUAUCUAUUGCCUCCAUUGCUCAGAUUUUUCAGGUGUUGAAUUCCGAAAAAGUAUCUGCUUUGUGUUUAUUUGAUUGGAUUAAGAAUUCACAGCCCAUUAGUUGUUAUGGAAAUGAUAUUUGUAGCUUGGUUAUUGAUAAUUGUGGGCGGUUAGAUGAUUACCAUGCAAUGCUUCACAUUAUGAAUGACUUCCGAUCAGCGGGAAUUUGUCUCACACGGAAUGCAUUUGAGUUUAUAUCUGUUUCGUCGUCAAAGAAGGCUUCUGUUAUCAAAGUGGUAGAGGUAUUGAAUGAAGUUGGUGGAUCGUGUCGACCCGUUGGUUUGCUCUCUUUGAUUGAGAUGCUCAGUGUCAAGGGUUCAUUUAAAAUGGCCGAGUUUGUGAUGAAAAUAACGGAGAGGAAGAGAUCUUAUUACAAUAUCAUGAUAAGAGAAAGUUGUCGGAGAAGAAAUUUUGGCAGAGCUAUUGAUAUGCUUGAUGAGAUGAGGCAAGUCGGUUGUGACCCAGAUUCCAAAACUUACAACUAUAUACUCAGUAGCUUAUAUAAGAACUACAAAUCUGCCGUAGCUACUAAACUGUUUGAACAAAUGUUAGAAAUGAAUUGUUCUCCUGAUGAAAUAACCUACGAAAUACUGAUUUGUUACUCAUGUAAAGUUGGAAAUUUUGAUUUUGCACGCAAGUUACUUGAUAGUAUGGUAUUGAAGGGCAUUAAACCUCGACUUACAUCGCAUGCAGCCUUUGUCAAGGGUUAUUUUAACUUGCGGAGAUAUAAAGAAGCAUAUGAGCAUGUUGUUGAUUCAAGUGUUAAAUACAGUUGCUUUAGCAAUUCAGUUUACAGUUUGCUUGCAAGGCUAUAUAUGAAUGAAGGAAAUGUAGUCAUCGCCCAAAAUAUUCUGAUUGACAUGAUUAAUAAGGGUCUUAAACCGGAUUUUGCAGUGUAUACAAAAGUUUUGAAAGAGCUCUCCAAGACAGGCAGAACAGGCUUGGCUGAAGAUUUGAGUAGCAGGUUCUGUAGUCUAGCAUGAAGUGGAUAAUGUAUUCCAAAAAUCCAUUGGUAUUUUAAUUUUAAUUUUUUUUGAUAUAGUUUAACUUGCAGUGUCUGUUUUUAUACUGGCCUCUUUGUCCUUUCCAGUUGAAGUGUUGAACUCAGACUUCCAAUUGAUGAAGUGAUUUUUCAAAAGCAUUUCUGCUAGAGUUAAUGCAAAUCAGUUUAACUUUCUGAUUUUCUUCCUCAACGAGGUUUCAUGUUGUUCUGCAGGCCAUAAGAAAAAUAAAUAUUGUGUCCCCAAAUUUCUUGUUGUGUUGGACUAGAGUUUCGAAAAGAAAAUAGGUAAUGCAUACCUUUUCUUUUAUUCCUACAGUUUCGAUUGAUUGGCUGGCAUUCUUUUUAGAAUAUUAAAACUGCACGGGCGGACCUUAAAACCAUAGGCAUACAUGUAGCUUUUAAACGUACUCUUGGUGACACUGAAGACAAUGGACAGAGAAACCUGGCUUAAUUUAUGUGUUAAUCAACAUUCUGGUAAGGUACUGUUCUUGCUUCAUUACAUGUAGUUUUAGAAAUUAAAGUAAGUAAAAGGAACCCUUUUUUGGGGUAAAUUCUACAUUGGCUAUGGCCUUCUACGCACGUUUAUUUCUUCAGAAUUUUGAAAGUUAGAAUGCAUCCCAUUUUAUUUUAUGUAAAUGAAUCUCUCAAGUUUGGACAUUUUUAAUAAAUUCAUGCACUUGAAUAGUCUAGGAUGAAAUCCAAGUUGGUUGCAUAGCAUAUAUUGCAAAGCUGCUAUUUGUGCAAUUUCAGAAGACUCUCUUUGAUACCUUGAAAUUGCUCAACAUUUGGCCUCAUGCCUCACUUAGGUUUCACAAAAUGCAAGUGCUGUUGAGUCCUUCAUUUCUUGCAUUUUUGAGAAAUUUUGCUACGUUCAACAAGAUAUUCUGCAACAUCUUGUUACAAAUAUGAUUUUCUGCUUCAUUCAGAAAAGAAUAUAUAUUUGCUUUCUGUGUCAAUGCUUUAUAUGUGUUUGUGUUCAUCCGAUGGAUGGAUGUUCUGUGAAGGAGAGCCAAAUUGAGUUUUGAUGGUUGACAAAGAAACGUCUGCUAGAGUAAUAUGACAAUAUUCGCUCUAUUAUCAUGGUGUCUUGUGCCAUUCAUUUUCAGUGUCUAAUGUGAUCAUGGUUUUGGAUGGUUAGUUCGAUGGGACUGUUGUAUAUGCAACAAGGUGAAAGAAGUUUGAGUUCUUUUACCUUUUAAAGAUCCAUAGGUGCACUUGAUUUUACUUGAAGGAACUCCAGAUAUUGAAUCUCCAUACAUAAUUUGUUUAUUUAUCAUGAAAUGGUAUUAGAAAUGAGUCCAAUUUCUGACUUCCCAGACUAAUGUAUAAGAAAAAAAAAAAAAAAUUAUACUUUCGACCGAAAAAAAAAAAGGGGAAUAAAAAAUUAUACAAGUUUCAUAAUUCAAUAUCCUCAAAACCAAGAAGUGGAUCAAUUAGGGAAGUAGUUGAUUCAAUUCCUUAAUUCCCCUAUCCUGGUACCCCAAUUGUCGACUUCCUCCAUUCCAAGCAUGAUGGUCAUGGUAACUUGGAUUUAACGUGAAGAUUGUAUGGUAUGUUAAAAGACAUAAUAUCUAAAAAUUUCCCUUCCCUUUUUUUUUAUGAAAAAUGUUGUAAAAUAAUUAUAGUGGAGCCCACCUAGGAGAUGCUUGCCUAUAAGUAAGGCAUCCCCCUACUUGUAACAUAUACAAUCAGUAGAGAUACAGAAACAUUCAAUAAACAGAACAAACACAGAGAGAACAACAAUCCUCUGUUUUCCAAAUUCUCUCCUCAAUUCCUUUGGUUUUAUAACACGUUAUCAGCACGAUUUCUCUAUUCAGAGCCUCAACGCUCUCUCUCUUUCUCUCCGCAAAACUCAGCAACCCCACUGCUGUGAUCAGUUCUUAGCUAUGCAAAGCUUUUGCAGCUCUUCUUCUUACAAUUAUUACCCUCUGGAGGUCUCUGGAGUUAACACUUUCCAUGAAGCUCAGAACCUCACAAUCUCACCCGAUCUCUCUCUAACCCCACUGCUCAGUUGGCUUCGAGGCGGCCCUGGUCGCUCUUCCAGGAUCGGCAACUUCUUCGAGCUCAUGUAUUGCUUCGAAGCCAAAAGAAAACCCAAGUGAAAAAAAAAAAGAAAAAAAAAAAAGGGAAAACAG